UCUCUGCCUGAGUCAGCCAAGUGAAGCAUUGCAGAAGCAUUUCCCUCCCCCAACAAAUGAACACACUGCUUUAUCCGGGGGCAAUGUGCUUUGGCUGCAGCUUUCCUGCAUUAUGAAUUCAGAAAUGGCAUCUUCGUCACAUCUAUCUGGGCAUAUUGAAGUGGAAAGAAAGUUUGUCCCAGGGCCAGAAGUGGAGAAAAUCUUGUAUGCACUAGGGGCUGAGCUGCUGGAGGAAAUCACAUUUAGAGACUCUUACUAUGAUAGCCCAGAUCUGCGUCUCACACUUGCUGACUGUUGGUUGCGAAAAAGGGAAAAUAGUUGGGAGCUAAAGCACCCACCAAAGCCAGGAGCCAGAGGACUUACUGGAGCUUCCACACAAUACUUAGAGCUGACCCAAGAAGAUAAAAUUAUCUGCAAAGUCAGUGAAGUACUGGCUGUACCAAGUCUCCCCAAUAUUGAAGCGUUUGGCCUGAACGAGUUUGCAAGUUUUGUGACGCGCAGACGCAGGUUCCAGUUGCCUCUGGAGGAAAGCUCAAAGGUUGUGGUUGACCUAGAUGAGGCAGAUUUUGGUUUUGCAGUAGGUGAAGUGGAAGUGAUUGUACAAACACAAGAGGAGGUACAGAAUGCAUUUCAGAAAGUGGAAGAGAUUUGCAAAAAGCUAGGUGUUUUCCAGGAAUCGGCAGUACAAGGCAAAGUAUGCACAUAUCUUCAACUGAACCGCAUUGAACAUUACAAGCAGCUGAUUGAGGCUCAUAUAAUUUGACCUUUGCAAGAUCCACUCUAGAAGCCAUGUGUG